AUGGUUCACCAGACAACCGACGUAGAGGACAACGAUCUUGACGACCUGACUUUAUCUGAACUUGAAGACUUUCAGGUACCACGUUCUUCGCCACCUUACGACCCUCCUUCUGGACCUGACAUUGAGCCACCGUCACCCUCGCCGAGCCUGCCGGAUGUUGUGCAGAGCACUGUAGAAGAAGAGGAUCAGGAUGAACAUGAAGAACGCGCGGAACCGGAGAUCUUCAGCGAAACGAUGGCCCCGCCAAUGUCAAGUAGUGAUUACCAUGCCGACGACAUCGAGAAUCCCAAAGGCUCGCCCGUGGCUACAAAGCGGACGAGACGGAAAGCAGCAUUAGCGCAACGAGAUGAACAAGAAUCGGAAGGUGAGGAGAUAGAUCGUCAGAAGCAGUCAAAAGUGAAGAAGAAGCCGAAUCGCGAAAAAGGCAUAUCUACAGCAAAGCUGCAGGCCCUGCUACCGAAGCGUCGAACAAGGGCCACUCACGAGGAUUCCGAUUCUGCGAGUCCCCUUGAUUCAGAUGAAGAUGAGCUAUCCAUGCCACCACGGCGCCAUGCGCGACUAGCUCGAAAGACUGCAGCUCCCAAAGCUUCAAAAGCUCCCAAAAAGUCGACUCGCGCUGCAAACAAAUCCGCAACAACAAGCAAAGCCGCCAAAGGCUCUAGAACAUACGGCCGGCGUAUUUCGUCUGAUAAGGAGAAUGAGGGCAGAGCAGAGGCGGAUGAUGACAGUGACGCGUCCAACGAUACUGCUCAGGGGAUGAACGACAAGCCUUCAGCGCAUCUGGAAGCUAUGGCGAAGAAAUUCGCAGACAUUGACGAUUUCGACUUGGAUUUCGAAAGCGUCAGCUACGUGCAGACAAGUUCGAGCCCGUGGCGGUGA